GUCAGUCUGUCGGAGUCUGUCCUCGGAGCAGGAGGAGCGAAGGGACUUCCGAGAGCCAGCUGCCCGAUUAUUUUCUUUCCCCUCCCUCUCUCCCGCCCCACAUCUCUCUUCACCCCUCUCCUGCCCUUGCUCGCGCGGCCAUGGCGGAGCCGUCGGCGGCCACUCAGUCUCCGUCCAUCUCGUCGUCGUCCUCCGGGGCCGAGCCUUCGGCGCCCGGCGGCGGGAGCCCUGGAGCCUGCCCCGCCCUGGGGGCGAAGAGCUGCGGCUCCUCCUGUGCGGUGCACGAUCUGAUUUUCUGGCGAGAUGUGAAGAAGACUGGGUUUGUCUUUGGCACCACACUGAUCAUGCUGCUCUCCCUGGCAGCUUUCAGUGUCAUCAGUGUGGUUUCUUACCUCAUCCUGGCUCUUCUCUCUGUCACCAUCAGCUUCAGGGUCUACAAGUCUGUCAUCCAAGCUGUACAGAAAUCAGAAGAGGGCCAUCCAUUCAAAGCCUACCUGGAUGUAGACAUUACCCUGUCCUCAGAAGCUUUCCAUAAUUACGUGAACGCUGCCAUGGUGCACAUCAACAGGGCCCUGAAACUCAUUAUUCGUCUCUUUCUGGUGGAAGAUUUGGUUGACUCCUUGAAGCUGGCUGUCUUCAUGUGGCUGAUGACCUAUGUUGGUGCCGUUUUCAAUGGAAUCACCCUUCUGAUUCUUGCUGAACUGCUCAUUUUCAGUGUUCCAAUUGUCUAUGAGAAGUACAAGACCCAGAUUGAUCACUAUGUUGGCAUCGCCCGCGAUCAGACCAAGUCAAUUGUUGAAAAGAUACAAGCAAAACUCCCAGGAAUCGCAAAAAAAAAGGCAGAAUAAGUACAUGGAAACCAGAAAUGCAACAGUUACUAAAACACCACUUAAUAGUUAUAACGUCAUUACUUGUACUAUGAAGGAACGUGCUCCGUGUCAGCUCGAGCCUGCAUUCCAAGCUUCCUUUUCUUAAUUUGGUGUUUUCUCCCCUCCUUUCCCUUUACCCUCAGUAUCAAGCACAAGAAUUGUUGGACUUCAAAAAGAACUGAUAUCUUGGGACCCAAAAGAAUAAAGAAAGAAUCUAAUAGGGUAAAUCAGUACCUUAAUGGUGGUGGGGCUUUUACUUGGAGCUUGAAAGGGGAGAGGUUGGAGGUCAAGGAGAAAAUGAAAGGUAAAGCGCUGCCCUCGGAUUCUGCCAUCCAGUUUUCGAGGACUAGUCUUACGCAGCUUCCCGUCAGUUUUACCCUUAUUUUUAAGUUAAGAAAUGAUGAUUGACUUAAGAGGAAAUCAUCCGGGGACAAGAGUGGGAUUCCUUCCCACGGGUCUUUGGCAGCUCUCUGACCCCAUCUUCCUGCCCCACAGUGUGAGCGGCUACUCCUAACAUUCCUCUUCUUCACGCAAUGAUAGAACUUCCAAGUCCAUGAAUAACUUGUAGCUGAUAGUGUGCAUUCCUGAUUCCCGGAAUGCCAUCUGGUAACCAAGGUUGGAACCGGAAAGUGGGACUGUGAAGGCCCUCCCUCUCCCGCUCACCCCUAGAAAGGAAAGUUCCCGCCAUUUGGGAGGGUGGUGUCUGUGUCGUUUCUUGUGGGCACCAGUUCUGAGCUUUAGUUUGAGAACUCAUUCCUGAAUGUGCUUUCCUCCUCCUUCCCUGCCCACCUCACCUCGAGUUUAAUAAAUAUGGUUGUACUUUUCUUAUUAUGAAAUAAAUGUCUGUAACUGCUGUAAACUUG